AUGGAAAUGAUAUUUUGGAUAAUGCAUUGUAGUGAAGAAAAUAAGGUUGUGUUUGCUUCUCACAUGAUAAAGGGUCCAGCUGUGAGAUGGUGGGAGAAUGCUUCGACUCUUAUGACCAAUCAAGGAAUACCUAGGGAUUGGGAGCAUUUUAAGACUAUUUUCUUGGAUAAGUAUUUUCCUAGUUCUUUGAGGACUCAGAAAGAGUUUAAAUUUCAACAACUUAGGCAGGGUACUAUGUCAGUAGCUGCGUAUGCCGAGAAGUUCGAAGAUAUGGUUGCUUAUUCUAGACAAAUCGCGUACGCACCCGAUGAGAGGUGGAAGAUUGAUCAGUUUGUUUUUGGUCUGAGGGGUGAAAUAUCUCAUAGUGUUUCUCAAAGGGAAUUCACUUCAUAUGCUGAACUGUUAAGACAAUGCUAUGUGGCUGAGAAUAGUUUGAAGAAAGUUCAAGAAGAAAUGGAUCAAUACAGGAGUGGGUAG